GUUUAUAUCUACAUAACGGUACGAGACUUAAAAAAGUGGUUCGACGAAAAAACCGCCAAUUGAAGAGGUCUUUAGUUCAAGUUCGCGAUUUUACCAGGCGCUGUAUCGUUCCCUCAACUUUCUUCAUGAGCAUGUGCUCGGUUUUGUUUUACUUAGCACAGGUUUUAUGUGCUUGAUAAUGUAAUGAGAGUUCUUUUAUGUGGUGAACGGUGAACCAUGAAAGUGGUGUUUGAUUAUAUGAAAAAAGGUAUGCCUCGAAUAACUCUACUUCUAUUGGCAAUUGCUAGUGUGCGUUGUCAAGAAGGAGCACACUACCUUCGAAGUGCUGUGAGAGAUUUACGAAAAUUGAAUUCGCGGCAAACUUUGGUAAGAGCGGAUACCGCUAUGGUUUCUGCUUCGUCAAUAUCAGAUGAAGAAGAUCUAAUUCAGACUCCCGUUGAAAGGAGGAUACAACACGGUACUGAGGUACCACCUCUUAGUCUGACGAAAGGAGAGCUUGCUGCCCUUUAUGAAUCUGCUAUAUCAAAAGGCGAGACUUUACAAUUAGACGGAGGCGAUGAUACGUUAAUUCAUACAGCUGUUCAUGAACUUGACGGUAGUGAGAGUUCCCCAUUUCACUCACAUAAUUCAGUUCAAGAUAGUGAUAUCUCAAAAAAUGAAGAUGCAUCUGGUUAUUAUUACUACUAUUAUCCCAUCAAGAGUUUCAUUGAUGAGAUGACCUCUCAAGCUAGCAGUAAUAUGGCAGAAUAUACUUCUUACAAACAUAAAAGGCCAAAAUUAACAACCACACAGAGACCUCAAUACCAGUUCCAUUCGCAUCACCAUCAGCACAAUAUAACAAUAAAUAAAGAAAUGAUGGAGGACAAGAAACCGAAAACUUUGGAACCACUAUUUAUGGCAAUAUCUGGAUUUAUUGGUAUGGCGGUGAUGUUUGUUCUUUCCAUGAUAGUACUUCCUAAAUUAGGAUCCAAACCAAGUAAAAAGGGGAUUUGGGCAAAACGGAAUGAAAAUGUGGAGGAUUUCGCCCGACUUGCCUUGAAAGCAAUUGAUGGUGAUGACUGUAUGGAGCGAUUUGCCUGCGAGUUGAGCAAAACUGCACGCACGUUCAAUAUACAAGACAACAGAUUCAUUAAGUUUAUCUGCUGUCUCUUCCACUCUUUGAGCACUUUGGUUUAUUCCCAAUUGCUCCAAACAGGUUUAUGUGCAGAGCCAAGUCACAGCAUUCUGAGAAUGCCUUCCGACUCAACGCCUCUAACAGUCAAUUUCGAACUGACAUAUUAUACAGUCCUAAUCGCGAGUAGAGAGGACUAG